AAUCAUGCUAUUAAUUUUAAAUUUAAAGAAUUAUUUUUAUAUAGUCUGAUUUAUCCUCUUUUAAAAAUAGAAUUAAAAUUUUUUAAAAAGUAUAUUAAUAAAAAUCUUUAUCUAGAUUAUAUCAGGCUUUUUAAGAGCUUUAUAAAUAUAUUUAUUUUUUUUAUAUCUAAAAAAAAUAACAGCCUACGUCUCUGUGUAGAUUAUGAAGAACUUAAUAAGAUUUUUAUUAAGAAUUAUUAUUUUUUAUCUUUUAUUUUAAAGAUAUUGUUGGCUGGAAACCAGGAAUCCUUACUAACUAAAAUAAUCAUCUCUUAA